GUUACAUUAAGAACACUGAGAAGCUCAAUUACGGCAAGGAACACCAGUACAAGCUCACCGUGACGGCCUACGACUGCGGGAAGAAGCGAGCGGCGGAGGACGUGCUGGUGAAGGUCAGCAUUAAACCGACCUGCAAGCCAGGCUGGCAAGGCUGGAGCAAGCGGAUGGAAUACGAACCCGGGACGGGCUCCCUGGCCCUCUUCCCCAACAUCCAUCUGGAGACCUGCGACGAGCCCGUCACCUCGGUGCAAGCCACGAUCGAGCUGGAGACGAACCACAUCGGGAAAGGCUGCGACCGAGACACUUACUCUGAGAAAUCCCUUCACCGGCUGUGCG